AUGCCCGUUUCCUCAUCUUCCUUCAAGCUGUACCAUCACCAUCACCAUCACCAGGAGCAAGCAGGCAAGAUGAGGACUCUGUUAGUGUUGAUCAUCUUCCUGCAUGUUGCGGCUUUGUCACGGGCGGUGGUUGGAGCGAACCCCGGGUCGCAGCGUAAAUGCCCCGAGUCGUGUUCAUGCCAAUUCGGUGAUAUCAAAUCCAUUGAAUGUACCCGUGGAAAUGACAUGACAACAUUCUCCACCGAUGGAUUGGAUAAUACUACCGUUCACGAAUUCAUGAGUCUGACAAUCCGCGGUCAGCAAAACUUUACCGAGCUAAGAGGCGAGUUCUUAAAAGGCUUGAUCGGGCUGAAAACAUUUGAACUUUCCCGCAGCGGUCUGCGUAACAUAUCCGAAGAUGCCUUCCAUGAAAUUUCAAACCUUGCCAACAUAGACUUAAGUAACAACAAGCUACAGAUUUUGUCCUGGAGACCUUUUGCGAGUAUCAACAGAUCAUCUAUAAGAGAGUUAGAUGUAACCAACAACCCACUGCUCUGUGUGUGCUCUAACACGUGGAUGAUUCCAAUCAUAAAGCGAGGAGAUCCAAUCUUGUCUGGAAACCCGAUGUGUUACGAUGAAACUAUUGGUGCCGAGAUACCGCUGCUCAGCAUGGUCACACGAAACGACUCUUGCAACUUAGUCUUCAUUGAGGUAAUCCCUCUAAAGCUUGUAUUCAACAACUCUGGUUCCUUCGAGGCAACGUGCCGGGCAGUGGGCAACCCCACGCCAAAGAUCACAUGGGAUACCCGGCAAUUGCAGCAGAAUGGCAGGUCGUUUACGCUUCGAGACGACCCGGACGGCGGCACCAUGAUACAUGUUGAUAACGCAACGGGGCGGGACACGGGACAGCUGUACUGUCACGCGUCGAAUGAUGCCGAUAUCUUGUCAGCUAGUCUCGACCUCGUGGUGCAAGUGAAACCACGCAUCAUUUCUCUGGAGAAAAAGAAACUUUUCCACUGGUGUCUGUCCUUUGAAUUGAUGGCGGUUCCCAAACCAAAGCUGACCUUCCUUAAAGAUGGCAAGUUCUUCCUCUCGGAUGAUGAGCCUCAGGGUUCCAGAGACUUCUUUCAGAUAGCUGCUUACACACCGGCGGGGGCGCCCAGUCAUCACUUAGAGGGUUGUUUGUACUUCACGACAGUCUCCCAUCUCGACAAUGCCAACUACACAAUGGUGGCCACUAACUUACUAGGAACCGAUGAAAAGACGGCAGAACUGGAAUUUAUUGUUCACCCCGGGGAUAUUUUACCCAAGCCUCCAACCAAACCGAAAACUAGCGGCGUUCCAACAGAUGAGGGCGUAGAUAUUAAAACAUUCGCACCACUCCAGAUUGAGAAAAAUGCCGCCAUGCAAAAAGUGACCAUUGUGCUUGUAGUCAUAAUAGUCAUGAUUUUGCUGGCCGGUGGUGUCGGGUACAAGUUCCGGAAGAGUCGGCAUUUAUACCGGGGUAUCAACCAAGACGGCACGGCGGCUCCGUUCAGUGUGAUGAGCUUCAUGGAGAACGGACGGGGAGAUAAGAAGGAGAUGGUUAGCAUGAUACAGAACCCUAACUACCUCCCAAGGAAUGGUACAGCGAUUCAUCACAUAAGCCGCGACCAGAUGCGAUUUGUUGGAGAGCUUGGUGAAGGAGCGUUUGGUGUUGUAUGCUUGGGAAUAUGCGAGAACCUGACUGGAGAGGGCGACACUACAAUGGUGGCGGUUAAGACCCUGAAGGACGCCUCCAUCGGCGACGCCCGGAAAGACUUCGAGAGAGAAGCAGAACUCCUGUCCAAUUUGCAGCAUUCGAACAUCGUGACAUUCUACGGUGUGUGUAUGGAGAAGGAGCCAUUCCUGAUGGUGUUUGAGUACAUGGAGAAUGGCGACUUGAAUAACUUUCUACGGUGCCGAGGGCCAGAUGCUGAGUGUCUGGGCCUGAGCAAGAACCCCCCAUUACUUCCACUGACGGUGAACGAGCUCUUGUACGUCUCUAAGCAGAUAGCAUCCGGUAUGAUGUACAUGGCAUCGCAACACUUCGUCCACCGUGACAUGGCCACGAGGAAUUGCCUGGUUGGUGAUAAGCUGGUCGUAAAGAUCGCAGACUUCGGUAUGUCUAGAGAUGUGUACAGCACUGACUACUACAGGGUUGGGAGCCACACAAUGCUGCCAGUACGUUGGAUGCCGCCAGAAAGCAUCAUCUACCGAACAUACUCAAUAGAAAGCGAUGUAUGGAGUUAUGGAGUGGUGCUGUGGGAGAUCUUCGAGUAUGGAAAACAGCCCUGGUAUGGACUGUCAAAUCAUGAGGUAAUUGAAUACAUCCACAAUGGUAUCUUGCUCGACUGUCCCAAAGCGUGUCCGAAAGAGGUCUAUAAGGUGAUGUUAGGAUGUUGGCAGAGGCAGCCCCAACAACGUCUUGCGAUUAAAGAAGCGCACGAAGGCAUGUCCAGACUCUCGGACGAAAACCCGCCGUUUCUGGACAUGACCGGCAAGAAUACGUUCGUGUAGAAAUGUUGUCUGCACAUGAAGGAGACAUGAUGUGACCGCCAGCUAUAGGAAAGGACGAAAAUUGUGAAAUUAUUCCAGGUGUCAGAUUGGACCAGAUACAGCCGGUCUAAACCGGUUUAGACCAGUCCAUCAUAGUGACUGAGACCGCAUGGCCAGAUGACACACAGAGUGAAUGCAUCUGACAAGUCAAUGCCGAUGAACCAUGCAUGUCCCUAUAGCCGGCGAUAUAUAAACUUUUAUGAAAUAAGCCCGACAUAACAGUUCGUUCCUUAUUUCCUACACUACAAUUAUUACUGUGUAUAUUUCUCAUAAAACAUGUAAGUAAAUGUAUAUAAUAAUUAUGUAACCAGGUGCUGAACACAAUUCACAAAUUCCUGAACCUGAUUGGUCUAUUUUAACAGUAAGGCAUUGAUGAUCUUAACUAAUACACAGAGAUGAAAACUUCUAUGAAAAUGUUAUUGAGCUGACGUCUUCAUCACAAUGAUUCGGGUUGCGCCAUUUUGGAAGUCAAUGGGAGUCAAUGUCCCUCUGUGUGUUAGACUACUGUGUAGUGUGAAUGUCAUCCAGCACGGUAUUGACAAAUUUACAUAUAAUGACUCUCCAAAAUGGUUAGCAUGGCACAAAGUCUGGCGUGUUUAUGGGGCAACAACUGCACGCUACAAAGUCCCACAAAACCAUGAAGCCACCGGUAGUUCACAACACGAAGUUUUAUAAAAAGCUCAAGACUGGAGGAAAUAAACUGUUGACAUCCCCAAAAUUGUGAGCUCGAAACAUUUGCUACGAGUGACGUCAUCAGACGUGCUUGUGGGUCAGCUACUGUACGCUACAAAGUCCCACAAAACCACGAAGCCGCCAGUAGUUCAGAUUGGAGUAAAUAGCCCAUGUUGGUUUGAAAACGGUCUCCCAGACUUCCCAAAAUGGUGAGUUUGACACCGUCGCUACGAAUGACGUCAGGCGGGCUGGGGGUCAACUGCACGCUACAAAGUCCCACAAAACCAUGUUGCCGCCAGUAGUUCAUAAAAAAUGGAGUAAACAGCCCCUGUUGGUUGUAAACAUUAUUACACAUGAGAGUGGCUAGUGGGCAUAACAAUAAUUGAGUAAAGUAACAUUCCAUUCUACUGGCCUAUUAUAACAUAAUACUUAUAUAAUGUCGUUAUGUGUGAAUCUGGUGAGGUGUCGCGAACACUGUGAGUUGCGCCGACAUAUUUUUCAUGAAACUGAAAGGUUGAAGCGAAUUGUAAAUACUGUGAACAGAAAAAAAAGCGUUUCUUUGAGACCGUCCCGUAUAUUAUGUGUUUUGUUUAUGACACAGAUGUGAUAAAAUAACUGUCUUUCCUAUUUGUACAAAAAUCAAAAACAAAAGCACACAAAUACCAGAUUACCUUAGAUUGUUGUGACGUUUGGAAAGCAUGCAUGCACACAAUAUUGUGUAAAGUUGUUUGCCAUUGCGUCGGAUUGGGGGGGGGCAUAAUUUGUCAACUUAGAUGUACACUUGUAGCUGUAUACAUAGGGCGUCCACGUUAACCUGUUGAUAAUAAACAAUUACUAUUUCCUCAGUAUUUACACCUGUAGUAAUUUCUUCAUAGUCAUCAACGCUUGCUCCAUUUUGUCUGUGAAUGCUAUACAACCACAGCUGUUAAGGCGGUACAUUGUACCUAAAUUCUUUAACUCAAAAACUUCCAUAAAAUGUAUUCUUUGCAAUGAUGCAAAGGCCUCGCUCGCGAUGUCGAGACCUUGAAAUUGUAUAAAGCGUGUGUAUAUAUUGUUGUAAACAGAAACUAAGGUAUAUUAUUUUGUAUACAAUUUUUAUGUUUUGUUCUUUGCUGGGACCAAGGCUAUUUGUUUCUCUUAAUUUGGCGUAUUAUGCGUAUAUGCUGGUUGUACCUAGCUGGUCCGGUACAGAGACCGUGUAUGUCUAGGAACUUCCUUGCUGUUCAUAGUAGAUGAAACAACACGUGUAUUCGUAGCCUGAAAAGUUAGGAUCAAAAUUUGGUUUGUCUCCAAGACCAGUUUUAUGAACUCUCUUACUAAGAACAUGUGGCGUUGAUUUUAUGACAACUUCCGGAUCAUGUUUGACCCGGAUUCCGGAUCCCUUUGGGCCUGACCCUUUUCGGAGUCAUCAUGACCCGAAAUCAGUCAACAUGACGUAGACAUGAGUCAAACUGACUCUAAAAUGAGUCAAACUGACACAGACACUCUGAAGCGGGAGUUUUUUUAGUGUAACAAUGUGUUACUGCUGUUCGGGCAAACUUUUACAGUGAACCAGUCGUAAAGAAGAUGUCCAUAUCUCACCAUGAUAAGUGAUAACCGGUAACCUCAUUCGCCACUCACCUGUUUCACCGAAUUACAAACAAUUAAACCUGCUACCUCUUUGUUCAAAAUCAGAAUUGCAUUUAAGUGUCGUAAAAAAAAA